GCCAAUCACAUGCGAACUUGAUAUUAGUAUGAAAAGUGAUUAGAAUCUGAAUUCCUGCUCAUUCAUCGUCGUCAUCGUAGUCGUCUUUCAACUUUUCUUAUUGUUGCUGAUCUUUUCCAAGUGUUAUAGCGAAAAGUAUACCCGAAUAGAUCAGUUUAACGCUUCAGCAUACCCGAAUUUCACCAUGUCUCACGCGUCUCAUUCUUCUCACUCCCAAUCCAUCAUGACCGAAGACGAAGAAGACUGGGAGGACUACAUCAAGGGAGGCUACCACCCUGAUGGCAGAUAUAUCGUCGUCAGGAAACUCGGUUGGGGUCAUUUCUCCACAGUAUGGCUCGCCAAAGACACAAAAAUGAAUCGUCAUGUCGCACUCAAAAUCGUAAAGUCCGCGCCUAGGUACACAGAGACCGCUCUCGAUGAGAUCAAACUACUCCAACGUUUGAUCACAUCUAACACUCUUCCCGUUGUCCCAACCCCUGAUAAUCCCAAUCCUCCCCCAUCCCAUGCACACACACAUCCCGGUCGAUCUCAUGUCAUGUCAUUUUUGGAUCACUUCCGACAUAAAGGUCCUAAUGGCACUCACGUCUGCAUGGUUUCUGAAGUCUUAGGUGAAAAUCUCCUUGGCCUCAUCAAACGACAUCAAAACAAGGGCGUACCCAUGCACCUCGUCAAACAGAUCGCCAAACAAAUCCUCCUAGGUUUAGAUUACAUGCACCGUUGUUGUGGCAUAAUUCACACAGACUUGAAGCCCGAAAACGUUCUUAUAAGUAUCGAUGACGUAGAAUCUAUCAUCCAAACCGAGGUUGCCGCAUCAGCCAAUGCCACAUCACCACCCACACGACUCGUCGGCGUGCCGCCUUCCAAAGAAUCUCAGCCUUUACCGUCACCGUCCUCGUCGUUUGGCAACAGCCCUAUGUUCGACAAGCUUGCGUUCGGCAUGAGCAAGAUCGACGGCGAGGCCACCUCCAAGCCCGGAUCUUACGGAUCUAGUUCAGUGGCAAAGGAUGGAUUAGCUGGAUCAGCUGCAACAUCAGGAAUGAGUCUCAUGGACGCGUCCUCCAAGCGCGCAGACUCGACAGAGGUGGCUGCAGAACGCAUUUCAAAUGUCACUCUCCAUUCAUCCGGAUUCAAUAAGACGACAACACCUCACCCUGCCCAUCCUCCAGGGCCUUCGCUACUGACACAAAUGGCCCCCUCCCAGCCCCCAGUUACAACAUCCUCUCAGCCACACGCUGUUUCGAGUUCCAAAGCAUCUGUGGAACCUAAUGCUGUCGAUCCAAAGCUUUCUAGCUCUGUCAUGUCUAUGGAUUCCGUACUUGCAGAGACUUCUACAACGUCUAGCCUGCUCGAGAGUACUGCGAAGAUCACAGUCAAAAUUGCGGAUCUUGGGAACGCUACCUGGGUCGAGCACCACUUUACAGAUGAUAUUCAGACGCGGCAAUACCGUUGUCCGGAGGUCAUUCUUGGCGCCAAGUGGGGGACUAGUGCAGAUGUGUGGAGUGUUGCCUGUUUGGUAUUUGAACUCAUUACCGGAGGAGACUAUCUCUUCGAUCCCGCGCCAGGCCCACGGUAUAGCAAAGAUGAUGACCACAUCGCCCAGAUCAUAGAGCUGCUGAGAGAAAUCCCGAGGUCAGUCGCGUUUUCAGGAAAGUAUAGUUCGGAAUUCUUCAACCGGAAAGGUGAACUCCGGCAUAUCAAUAAGCUCCGGUUUUGGCCUCUUGAAGCGGUAUUGCACGACAAAUACCUCUUCCCGAAGGACGAAGCUGAUGCUAUUUCUGCCUUCCUCACUCCGAUGCUCCAAUUGCAUCCCGAGCGUCGUGCAAAAGCGUUUGAGCUUGUGCAUCACACAUGGCUGGACGGUAUAACGGUGCAGGGCGAGAUCGAUGUCAUCCGGCGGGCCGAAGAAGAAGAAGCUGCCAGGCGCAAGUCUUUACAGCAAACUGCACUUGAUGCUGAUGAGGUAGAUGCAAUGAAGCCGGUCGGGGAUGCGGGUAACGGGAGCGACGAUGGCACACCGCAGCAGGAAUUGCCACAGCCGCAUCAAGCGCCCAUACUAUCCGCACCUCCUAUCCCGUCAUCCUCCACUGCCAAGGAGAAUGCGAAUGCCCCUUCGUCGAAGUCAUCGCAUAUCCGGUAACCAUUUCCUGUUUUGUUUUGCACAUAGACGUGUGCACUAUUAUACCGUAGCACUUUUGUUUUCCUCAUCUCUUACCAUCAUACUGUGUUGCUAUCUCACAGUCUUCUUUGUACCCAUAGACCGCGACGCGAUGAACAUUAGUACUUACUUGCCCUGCUGUUUGGGCGCCCUUGUUUGCGUAGAGUUCCUAUACCAAGAAAUGUAGUAAGUAGAAUAUGGAGCUGCAGUUCACGAGGUGGAUGAAGGUUAUCAGACCUGUAUGCUAAUAAAGAAAUUGUUUGAUUGUUCUUGA